GGGUCUUCAGUUUAUCAUAAAAGCUAACAAUCGAGCAUCUUCUCUAGUUCUCCUCCAUUGCUAUUUGAUAUUUGCUCCAAAAUCUCAGUUUUUGUUUGUUCGGGGAAGAUGAGUAUCACGCGGAUCUUGUUAUCUCUAGUAAUUGUUUCACUGUUUUCAAGCUCCCAUCUCUUGGCCGAUCAGAUCUUUCCAGCUCAUUUAGUUGGAACAUUCAGCCGAAACAAUCGUGAACCAAAGUACACGAUCCAGUUUCUUCCUCAAGAUGCACCUUAUCACCCGGGUGAUAAUCUGGAAACUAUGGUUAUGAUUGAUAAGCAAAGGCGUAAAUUCUUGUGUUUCUUACCUAAGGAGGAAGAACCCAUGAGCGGAUGGAGCUCUACUCAGCAAAACGUUAGCACAGUGAUGAUGGAAACCGAUAAACAGCUGAAGCUAAAGACUCCAGACGAACUGCUUCAACCACUGAAUGAAAAAUGCCUUAUCCGGCAAGAAGGUUGGUGGUCUUAUGAGUUUUGUCAUCAAGGGUCGGUAAGGCAGCUACAUAUUGAGGAUGGCACCAAGAUUCUCCAAGAGUUUUCUUUGGGUACUUAUGACCCAGAGGCAACUGCUGCUUUUAAUCAGAAUGUAUCUGAUGCUUCUACAAUGAAAGAGAGGUAUCACUCACAUAUAUACACCAACGGGACCACCUGUGAUCUUACAGGAACGCCUCGGGAAGUCGAGGUGAGGUUUGUAUGCGCAGAAACCAGGGCAAUGGUCACUUCGAUCACAGAGCUAUCCACUUGCAAGUACGCACUGACUGUUCAGUGCCCGACCUUGUGCAAGCAUCCACAUUUUCAGCUAGAGAAACCAGUGUCACACACGAUCCACUGCAAUUUGAUCCCAUUGGAAGAAGACGCAGCAAGAAACGAGGAGGGAGGACGAGUAGUAGGCGAAUCACCUAAGGAUGCUGAUUCUUGAAAACCGCUUAACCGAAUCGCAGUGGUAACAGUUAAAACAGUGACUGUAUAUAUAAGAGCUAGUAUAUCUAUCUCAAUGGUACUCGUUCAAUUGUUCAAGAAUCAUGGAUAUAAACCGGUAUUGCUUGCCGGUAAAAUGAUGAUACAAUUUGAAGUUUGGAACCGGUUUGAAUUUCCUUUUGUAGAAACUGAUGGUAGAAAUAUAAUACAGAGGAUUCGAAUUCUUUGCAGUUGAUUUGUUUGGGUUUAUUCUA